AUGGCGAUCCCGGUGGUCGAAGAAGUAUUAGAUGAGGAGCCAGGUGAUGACGAAGAAAGUGGAGGUCAAAGAAAAUACAAGGUCCCGGUGUCUCGUAUUAUUCCUUUGCCUAAGCCAAAUGAUCCAUCUAGUACUCAAGAUUUCUCCCUAGGAAGUUAUGUUUUGGCUGUUUAUCCUGGGACAACUGCACUAUAUAAAGCAACAGUCGUGAACUCCAGAAAGAGGAAGACAGAUGAUUACUUGCUUGAGUUUGAUGACGACGAAGAAGACGGGGCCAUGCCUCAAAGGACCGUACGCUUCAUCCACGUGGUUCCACUGCCCGAAGGACAUCGUCAGUGAGUGCUCAUGAAGAAGCUGUGUACUAUUCAUAAGAGAGCGUGUAGCCUCAUGAAUGACCUACAGAGGUGUAUGUAGUUACCACUCUGCUGUUGUUUAAAAACCCCUUUGAAAUGUGUUCUCGCGUGUGGUCAUGAAGAAGCUGUGAAGUGAAUUGAGAAAAGAUGGCGCUACUUAAGGGACGAAAUGGAUAAGAAAGAUGGCGCUGCUCGCUUACCUUUUCUUGAGCAAUGCUUCUCACAUCCCCUACCAAUUCGUUGAGUCAAGAGUGUCUAAAGGAGGCUCAGAAGAAAACAAGCUAGCCAUACAGGGUCAACUUUCACUGUGGCUAGAUUUGAAGGUUUCUGCAAAAUCCUGAGAGCAUUCGAUUUCUUAGAAUCAGCAUAAUGGUUUGCCAUGCGGAAGCGUAAGGUUGUCUGACUUAGGAACGUUGUCCACGUAUGAAUGUUACUAUCGAUCUUCGGGGUCUACACCGGGUAAGUGUAUGUGAGACCUCGAAACUGGAAAGCAGAGCGAGCGAGCGAGCAUUGAGAUGUCUCAAAGAAGAAGAAGAAAGAAGAGGAAGAAAAUCAAGAACUAGGAAAAAAGAAUCGUGUGGUCAUCUGAAGUCCCAAAUUUAGCUAGGGGUGGCAAUUCGUGAGGUGUUCUAUAUCUAGCAUCUUGUGCUAUUAACGAUUUAUCCCGACACAAUUAUAUAUAGUAUUGUAUGAA